GUGCUUGAAGGAUUUUUGGAGUCUUUGCAUCGUUCUUUGGUGGUAAAAUUUUUCUUUCUUUCAGAUGUGGUUUUGCUUGAAGUUAUAGAGUCAUCGUCACAGUUGUCAUUAUUGGAGUCAUUGAAAUUGAU